ACAGUGUUGUAAAUGACAGUGUUGUAAAUGGAGUGAAGUGUUGGUCUUGUAUAUAUUUAAUUGGAGUUAAAACGUUAUAAGCUCGUUGAAGGUUUUUACACAACCUUAGUAUUGUUAUAGUAAAUAUUAGAACAACAGGAUAAUUAAUGAAAGCACUGAAGAUAUUUGUUUCAUAGGUUCUUUGCAGUAAAGAUAAUUUGAAGAAAAUAUACCUAAAAUAAAUAAGAAAAAUGGGGAGUCCGUUUCUACAAAGUAGGCAUGUCGUCGCGGAUGGCUACUCUAAACUCAACAUAGCGCAUAGUAUGACGAGGUUACCAAGAUAUUUCGACAUUUGCACUCGCAAAACAUAUUCAGUAAAUUCUCUACAAAAAUGUAUAACCACAAAUUCGUUAUUAUGUUUAAAUAGAACUCUUCCUAAAGGAGUCAAGACUUUUAAUAUAUCACACCAUGUUGCAGCAGCAACAACAACAGUAGAUGUUGCUGAUGUAGAAAGACAUUCAAAACAAGCUAAAGAUUGGUGGGAUGAAAAUGGUUUAAUCAAAGCACUUCACAGUUAUAAUUUAAUUCGAGUACCAUUUAUAAGAGACGGAUUAGUACAUUGCUCGCCAAAUGAAAGAGUUCCUAUGCCUUUGACUGGUAAAAAAAUUUUGGAUGUAGGUUGUGGUGGAGGAAUACUAACGGAAGCAAUAGCGAGACUCGGAGCAAAGGUGACAGGUGUGGAUGCUAGUAAAGAAUUGAUUGAAAUAGCCAGAGAUCAUAGUAAUGUUGACCCGAAGCUAGCAAAUAACAGACCAUCCUAUGAAUGCACUACUAUAGAGGAACAUUCAAACCUAUUCACUGAACACUACGAUGCAGUAGUGGCGUCAGAAAUCAUUGAACACGUAGACAACAAAGAAAUAUUUAUCCAAGCCUGUGUAAAAGCCGUAAAGCCAGGUGGUAAAAUAUUUAUAACGACACCUAAUAGAACAAGAGUGAUGCAGAUCUUUGGAAUAAUUAUUGCAGAAAACAUUACAAAAUCUCUACCAAGAGGGACUCACGAAUAUGACAAGUUCAUAACACCAAAUGAAGUUACUUUUAUGUUAGAAAGAAAUAACUGUCAUGUCCAGUUAAUACAUGGAUUGAUGUACCUUCCUGUAGUCAAUAAAUGGACAUGGUGUAGUUCGACUUCGUUUAUGUAUGCUUUACAAGCUGUGAAACUUCAAGAAUAAAUUGCCUGGGAAUAGUCUUUUUAAAUAUCUGUUGUUAAAAAACUUCAAAUAGAAAGAAACAAAUAUAUUUAUGUAUUUAGGAAAAGUCUGCAAAUUAGCUAUAAAAUAGCUUUUACAAGUAUUUACUACAUGAAAAUACUACCUUCUACUGAAUAAAUAAUUUAUCGAUUGAAUAA